UAUAAAUUGUCAAUUGUUUUAGCAUGGUGAAAUGAAUGUGGCGGCAAAUCCACGGAAACUUACCCUUCUCCAAAGCAUCGUUUUUCUUUUUGUAUCUUAAUUGUAAAACAUCUCUUGCAAUUUCAUAUAACAUACCAAUGGCAUAAAAUGUUAUCUUAGAUAAUGUAACUACAUUGACGGUUUAAGCCACACGUAAUGAUGAAAGGAAACGCCGUGGAUUUUUUUAGAGGCUAACUCCAUCUAUAUAGAGCGUACUUAUCUCCCUUACAUUGCGGUAAAAACGAUCUUGUCUUCCAAAUAUUGAUCGAAGUUCUGUUGUAUAAUAUAACUUCGAAUAACAAAAUAAAUGUUCCAGUAACAAGGCGAAUCUUGAAUGUUUAUUAUACGAUGUCUAUCCAGAUGUAGGAUAAAAAAACACUGUUGCCUUUCCCUUGGGACAAAUGAAUCAGUGACGACACGUCAGCGACAAGGUCAGAUCAACAACAAUACACAACACGUGCACAGCGCAGCACGGAUAUUGACGCUGGCAGCACAGAGACGCACCAUGAGCUCGGGCCAUCCAAGUACUAUUUGUCUGGCGGAUUACGAUGCCUACGGUUUCGAUCUGGACCACACCCUGGCCAAGUAUAAACUAGUGGAAGUGUUUAAUCUGACAUACUCGUGUAUAACAGAUUUCUUGGUGGAUAAGAAAGGCUACGAUGCCUCCAUCAAGUCUGACCUGUUCAAGUACAAGGAGUUUAUCUGUAAGGGCCUCUUCCUGGACAUGGAGAAGGGGCAUAUUCUCAAGAUUGCAGAUGAUGGCAAGAUCCUAAGAGCCACUCACGGAACAAGGGCUCUGGAGACGGCCGAGGUACAGGCAGCCUAUGGAGAGGAUCAGAUUUGGAAACAUGCAGAAACUGUCAAGAAAACAGUUAAAAACUCUAACACAACUUUCCGUUUCUUUGAGAACUACUUUGAUACUCCAGGCCUUGUUGCCAUGGCGAGAAUUAUUGACAUUGAAGAGAAAAAGAUAAAGGACUCAAAAUCCACUAAGAGGAUAGACUACACUCUAAUCUGGGGGGAUGUAUUAGAUUCCCUUGUGCAUAUAUAUACAUAUCACAACUUUGCAUUGGAAACGGGGGGAUUUUUCCCAACUCUAAAGAAAAAUCCAAACAAGUAUGUUGAGAAAUGUAGCGAUGACAUAAAGAAGUGGCUGCGGUCUCUGAAACAGGACGGACGUUGUGUCUUCCUCCUCACAAGCUCCUUCUCCGACUUCGGCUCCUGUCUACUGGAGACUAUUCUAGGCGAUGACUGGGAAUCGUAUUUUGACAUCAACAUAUUCUAUGCAAGAAAACCAUCUUUCUUCACUGACGGGCAUGCUUUUCAACGGAUAGAAAAACACAGUGUAAAGGAACCAACAAAGAAUCUGGUAAAAGGUGGUUUCUAUUACCGUGGCAACGAAAGAGAGCUGACAAAGUUUAUAGCCACUCUGACUGGAAAAGAGAAUCCAAAGAUUGUGUAUUUUGGAGACAACAUCUGUGCCGAUUGUUUCCCGUCUAAGAUGUACGCGGACUGGGACACGGUACUGCUGCUGGAGGAGAUGGACGCGGAAGGGUAUGCAUGUGAUGAUGGAACUGUACAACAGGAGGAUGAGCCGUCACAAAAGAAACGGCGAAGAGGAAUAGAGCACAGUUCUCUGGUGACCCAUGAGGAAAUGGAGUACUUGAUCUCGGAUGUAUGGGGGCCCUUCCUGUACCACGGGCCCGAGGGGGCCUCAGACAAGGUGAUGAACACGCUGUGGGGGAGCGUCAUCAGCCAGUACAGCGACAUCACGGUCCCCAGUCUGGAGUACCUGGCGGGUGUGCCACUGGACCACAAAUUUGAAUCUUUUGGUGCCAAGAGUGACGCUACGGGGGGCUUCCAUCCUGGCAAACCUGCAUCCUUGCUCUGAUCAACUGAAUGCCGUUUGAUACUCAGGAUAUAUCAAUCUACCUACAUCUUCAAAUACCCAUAUACUGAGCCAUUGGUCGCUGACAAGAAUCAUCAAAUACCACUGUCCAACCUGCAUCCUCAAAUACCAUGUAUAUGGACCCAUAUCCACCCUGAAUUGAACCAUUUCCAUGAAUACUUCAAUACCAAGUCUCCACAUUGCACCUUGGAAUACCAGGUCCAUAUGAUCAUUCUCCACCCAGCAAGGACCACUCAUGAUCACAUGAUUUAUUUGUUUGUUGUUUAACGCUGCACUCAGCAAUAUUCAAGCUAUAUGACGGCAGUCUGUAAAUAAUCAAGUCUGGAUCAGACAAUCCAGUGAUUAAUAUCAUGAGCAUCAAUCCACACAAU